CUGAUUUCGUAUAUCAGCUCACUUGUUCUCUCAACAGCGCAUUAUCAACUGAAGAGAGAUUUUCUUGUCUGUUUUGAGGAUUAUAUUCCGUUUAAUUUGAGAAAAUAAGGCAGAAAUAUGCGUGAGUGUAUCAGUGUCCAUGUUGGUCAAGCCGGGGUCCAGAUUGGCAAUGCCUGUUGGGAAUUGUACUGUAUGGAACAUAACAUCAAUGUAGAUGGCAUGAUGCAGGAUGGAACCCAAUUCUCAGACGAUUCUUACAAUACCUUCUUUAGUGAAACCAGUGGUGGCAAACAUGUUCCUAGAGCUGUCUUUGUAGAUCUUGAGCCAACUGUUGUAGAUGAGGUAAGGUAUGGACGAUACAGAUCACUCUUUCAUCCAGAACAACUCAUCACUGGUAAAGAAGACGCUGCAAAUAACUACGCCAGAGGUCACUAUACAGUAGGCAAAGAGAUAGUAGAUCAAGUCCUUGACAAAAUCCGAAAGCUUUCAGAUCAAUGUACAGGUCUUCAGGGCUUUCUGAUCUUCCACAGUUUUGGGGGAGGAACUGGUUCAGGUUUCACGUCCCUCUUAAUGGAGCGCCUUAGUGUGGAUUACGGCAAGAAAUCGAAGUUAGAAUUCGCCAUUUAUCCUGCUCCCCAAGUUUCCACAGCUGUGGUUGAGCCUUACAAUUCCAUACUGACAACUCACACCACACUGGAACACUCCGAUUGUGCAUUUAUGGUCGACAAUGAAGCUAUUUACGAUAUCUGUCGAAGGAAUCUGGACAUUGAGAGACCGAGCUACAUCAAUUUGAAUCGUUUGAUAGGUCAAGUUGUCAGCUCCAUUACAGCCUCUCUAAGAUUUGAUGGUGCCCUUAAUGUUGAUCUGACCGAGUUCCAAACCAACCUGGUACCUUAUCCUCGAAUUCACUUUCCGUUGGUCACUUACGCUCCCGUAAUUUCAGCAGAGAAAGCUUACCAUGAGCAGCUCUCGGUUGCUGAGAUCACGAACGCCUGUUUCGAGCCAGCCAACCAGAUGGUCAAAUGUGAUCCUCGUCAUGGUAAAUACAUGGCUUGCUGUUUGUUGUACCGGGGUGAUGUUGUUCCCAAGGAUGUCAACACAGCUAUUGCUACAAUCAAGACAAAGAGAACUAUCCAAUUCGUAGAUUGGUGUCCAACUGGUUUCAAAGUUGGAAUCAACUACCAACCACCAACGGCAGUACCUAACGGAGAUUUGGCCAAGGUACAAAGGGCUGUUUGCAUGUUGAGCAACACAACAGCCAUUUCAGAGGCUUGGGCUCGUCUUGAUCAUAAAUUCGAUCUUAUGUACGCCAAGAGGGCUUUCGUCCAUUGGUAUGUAGGUGAAGGUAUGGAAGAAGGCGAAUUUGCCGAAGCUAGAGAAGAUUUGGCUGCUUUGGAGAAGGAUUAUGAAGAAGUUGGUGUGGACUCAACAGAAGCAGAAGAAGGAGACGAAGGGGAGGAAUACUAAAUCACGCACACCAAAUACUUGAUUAAAUGAUUUAAGCUGUCCA